GCAGAGUUAACUUAUUUAUUUAACCGAUAGAGAUCUAUAUCAGUUGGAAACUCUUAGGCAGACAGACAUCAACAGCUCAUCACACACAUACACUCUCUCUAUCAGCCGGACAUCGAGAGCUUUUUUCGGCUCUGCUGGAUCCUUCUCGAUUAUUCUUCUAGAUCUCUGUCACCAGAUCAAUGGCGGCUCCUCGACAUCGUUACUGCCGUCUUCUUUGGUAUCGUCCUUCUCUUCACUCCCCUCGGCGAUUCUAUGGCAGUGUUUGGUCAGCAACUUCGCCUAUACAAACUGCCCCCUCCUUCAUCGUUCGCGAUGCCGAGGAAUUGAUGCAGGCAAAUCAGGAGAACGCCGGGAAAUUUGUUUCUCAGAUUGGAAUUCAGGAGUCUACGGCUUCGAUUCUGAAAGACCUUGAGAGGUUCAGACCCAAGAGAGAGGCUGUAUUGAUCUGUAUCUUCGAAGGAGAUGAUGGAGAUCUACGCAUCAUCUUCGCUAAGAGGUCUUCCAGAUUGUGUACUCACUCGGAAGAAGUUUCACUGCCAGGUGGUAAAGCGGAGGAAGAUGAUAGGAUGACUGCAACCAGAGAGGCCGAGGAAGAGAUUGGAUUGGACCCUUCCCUUGUUGAUGUUGUCACUUCUCUCGAACCAUUUCUGUCUAAGUUUUCUCCAGCUGAGGCAGAAGCCGCUGCUCUCGACGGCAUCAGAUCCACUACGACUUCAUCAAAGAUAUGGAAGAGCCACAUGUGGAUCGUUCAACUUUGCCCUUGCUGCAUCCUGGUCGACAAAAUGGAGCUAAAUGGCUGCUGGGUCAUCUAAACAAGGCUAGCUCUAAAGGAAUUUGGUGUACCAUCUGCUAAUGCUUCUUCAAGUCAACCACAACCAGAAGAAGCAGAGAUGAUUGCAAAUCGGCUGCAAGAGUUGGAAGCUGAAGUCAAACAAGGUCAUGAAGAAAAUCUGGAAAUUAAAAAAAGACUUGAAGCUAUGGAGAAGAUGGCUGAGUCUUUUGCAAAUCAGAAUGCUUAAACCAUCCAUCGUCCAUCAUCCAUUAUCUAUCUAGUUUCUUUUUAUCUUAAGUAAUGUUUAGUUUUUAUUUUAUUAAUACUUUUUUUAUAAAUUAUGUUCGUGUAUUGACUUUGCUUCGAAAUAAGUAAUAUAAUGUUUAGUUUAUUAUAUUUUAGUUUUACUGUUUUAUUG